UCGGUCUCGUCACACGGUAGCAGUCCUUCGCAAAACAAAGCCACAGCUGCCGCUGAGGCAACACAAUCCACGCCGCCUCCCCCCCCUUCUUCUUUCUUAACUCUCUCUUUUCUCCUUUGCAGGUAACUUUAACCCAUUCUCAUUCUCCGUUUUCAUUUCGCCGUAGUUUCCACUUCCGGCUUUGAUUUACUCGGACCACAGCUCAUCGUCUAGGGUUUCGCACGGAUUUCUCAUAGAUCUCGUUCUUCUGUUAUUCUAUUUCCGCUCUUGUCUGAUUUAAUUUUGGACUAGAUGGCAGCAAGAUUGAAGCAAUUGCAGUCCAAGGCAAGCCAAGCUACACAAUUUGUGUCCAAGCACGGUUGUGCUUACUACAAGCAGUUGGUGGAAGAGAACAAGCAGUACAUUCAGCAACCACCUACUGUGGAGAAGUGCAAUGAGUUGUCCAAGCAACUGUUCUACACUCGUCUUGCCAGUAUCCCUAGUCGCUAUGAAUCUUUCUGGAAGGAAGUUGAUUACGUCAAGCAUUUGUGGAAGAACAGGCACGAGUUGAAGGUUGAGGAUGCUGGCAUCGCUGCUUUGUUUGGCAUUGAAUGCUUUGCGUGGUUUUGUGCUGGUGAGAUUGUGGGAAGGGGUUUUACAUUCACUGGCUACUAUGUUUGAAAACCAGCAGAGGGGUAUAACAUUAAUCCAGGAAGCUGACUCUAUGAGCCCUUUGUCAUAAUUAAGUUUGAAUUGAGCCACCAUCGUUUUACAUGCAAGAUUUUUGUUUCCUGCAAAAAGUUUUGAAGCUGAGAAAUCAGUGGUCAAAUUUAUUGCCUCAAUAAUCUGUGAAUUUGAUAUUUUAGUUCCUUCUCCAGUUUGAAUGGAUAGAGUAGUGAAAUUUGUAAUAGAGUUUUUGGUUGGAAGGUACUCCUACUCGUGAUCGUGAUGGAUGUUGUUUUGACCAAAACUAAUGCUGCUCAGUUAUCAAUUAGGCAUGCACGGUGCCAAGGUCAUG